CUCUCAUUGAAUGUCCGAUGUAAUGACACAUGGUUGGAAAAUAUUUCAUAUUCCAAUAUUCGAGAAUAUUCAAAGUAUACAAAGGGUCUGGUUCGUUUUUGUGAGUACCGAUAGUCUACUCUACAUACACAUAACGAAACCUUAGAGCUGUGGGCCUUCUUUAGACUUGAAAGACAAGACACACACUGUCUAUCACCAGUAUGUCAUCAGAAGCCACCAAUAAACCCUUGUAUCGAGACAUCAACGCAGAUGAUGAAGAUCCAGAAAUAAUGGAAAUUGAAAGUUACUGUGUAAAUUGUGAAAAGAACGGAAUAACUCGGCUGUUUUUGACAAGGAUCCCAUUCUUUAAAGAUGUGGUGGUUUCCUCCUUUACCUGUGAUAACUGUGGUCUCCACAACACAGAGCUCCAGCCCGCAAAUAAAAUCCAGGAGAAAGGCGUCAAAUAUGUCUGCACAAUUAACAAUAGCAAGGAUUUAAACCGACAAGUUGUACAGACAAAUCUUGCAACAAUAUCCAUUCCAAAGUUAGAAUUUGAGUCUCCACCAAACAAAGGAGUUCUAACAACUGUUGAGGGUAUAAUAGACCGGGCUGUGGAGGGUCUUUCCCAGGAUCAACCUGUCCGUAAAAUUCAGCAUCCAGAAAUGGCAGAACAGAUUGGUGCCUUUAUAGAGAAACUAAAGGAACUGAAAGAAGUCAAGGAACCAUUUCAAAUUAUUUUGGAUGAUCCCAGUGGAAACAGCUUCAUUGAGAAUCCGUACGCACCUAACAAAGACAAGGACAUGACCAUUCAUCACUACGUCAGGACUCGAGCACAGGACCAACAGCUGGGGUUACUGGAGCAAGAAAACAUUGAGGCAGAGCCUGAAGAAGAAGAAAAGAAGGAAGAAAAGAAAGAAGAAGUCAAGAAAGAAGAAAUAUUUGAUGGCAAAACUGAGGUGGCAAGUUUCAGGACUAACUGCCCAGAAUGUAAUGUGCCAUGUGAUACAAAUAUGAAACUAGUUGAUAUUCCCCAUUUCAAAGAGGUGGUGAUCAUGGCUACCACGUGUGAUAGCUGUGGUCACAAAGAUAAUGAAGUGAAGGGAGGAUCAGGAAUCGAACCCAAGGGAACCAGAAUCACAUUGAAAAUCACCGACCAGUCCGACAUGUCCAGAGAUGUCUUAAAGAGUGACACAGCCUCUAUGGCUAUUCCGGAGCUGGACUUCGCAGCUGAGAUGGGGACCCUGGGGGGAAAGUUCACGACCUUGGAGGGACUUCUGGUGGAUAUCAAAAGUCAGCUCAGUGGCUCCAAUCCUUUUUUUAGUGGAGACAGCUCUGAUAAACAGAGAGCCAAGAAAAUCGAGACAUUUUGCCAGGAAAUAGAAAAGAUUAUAGCUGGAGAAAGACUUGGUGACCAUUUUGUCCUAGAUGACCCUGCUGGCAAUAGUUACUUACAGAAUGUGUACGCCCCUGAACCAGAUCCCGAGAUGACAGUGGAACAUUACGAGAGAAGUUACGAACAGAACGAGGAUAUGGGACUUAAUGACCUAAAAACAGAAAAUUACGAAACAUCGUGACCUUUACUCACUUUUCUCCAGUGAGAGAACAAAACAUCGGUGUCAUUUAAACUAUAAAAUUAUCUGAGCCUAACUGAGGGGGUGCUGGUAACUCAUAAAAAGGAAGGCAUGAUUGGCAAUGAAAACUGUGAGGAAUAUUCUAAUUGUGUCGGUUAUUUAUCAGCAUUUAUCCUCAUUCUAAUAUAAAUGAUUGACAAAACACGGUUGUUUGAUAUUAUUCAAUAAUGUACAUAUUGGUGUGAAAACAGCCUUGUAUUUUAUUGUAGUCAGUAUAUACAUAAAGGUUGUAGAUCUCACUAUUACUGGAAUUGCCGUUCUCAAUACCUUGUGAUCAGCUAUAAAAUAAUAAUGCUACAAUUUGAGGACAAUACAUUUUAUUAUAUCAAUGCGUGGUUUUGUCUUCUCUUAUUCCAAUACUUGAACCUAUUACAAAUGUUACCUGUGGUAUAUAGAAUACAAUGGUAUGAGGUAAAUAUAUAGUCAUAUAAUAUUUCAGACAAAGAAUAGGAAAUGAUUAAAGAAUUCAAAAAUAGUGAAAAGACUGAAUUCACCAAAAGCAACUUGACAUUUGUUUAAUUUUAUGAGCACAUUGUUUUGUGGUUUCUUACUUGUAGGCAUACUGCCUUUCACUGCUGUUAUAUAACAUGAAAUUUCUGGCAGAGCUCUUUGAUGUCACAAUUAAAGUCAAUAUAGACAAACCAGUGAUAUUGACAUCACAGUUUCAGAGAUGAUUUUCAAUAUUGCUUAUUAGACAUGUUCUUGUUUUUGUAAAACAUUUUCAGAUUUUAGCCAAUCAAACUAUUAUAUAAAAAAAGAAAUGUGAGAAAUGUUUUUUUUUUUUGUAAAACAUUUUGCUAUUUUAUCCAAUC